AUGAAGGUCUUUUACACCCUCUUGGUUGCAGCCCUUACUGGCGCUGUUACUGCUUCGCCUGUAGCAAAUGGUGGGUCGUACAAAGAUGUUCAAGGUAAUUAUCAUGAUUAUGAUGAUCAUCAGUGCACCAGGGUAGACCGCGAAUGCAAGAAGUGGGACUCCCGCGAAUGCAAGUGCCUUGAUAAAGAUAAACACAAUUACCGCCGGCAAACUGCAAGCAUCACCGCGCCGCCAACACCGACAGAUACCAAUACAAAUGCCAACGCGAACACCAACGCAAAUAAUAAUCAGAAUACCAAUGUUAACCAAAAUACCAAUCAGAAUACCAAUCUUAAUACCAAUACCAAUGCCAAUACCAACCAGGCAACCACUGGACCUUCUUCAACUACAUCGGCGCCUACGACCAGCUCGACUUCAACUUCAACCUCGACUUCAACAUCUAGCCAGGCAACUAGUACCAGCGGCAACGCGAACGCCAACGCCAACACUAACACUAACACUAACACCAACACCAACAUAAAUGUAAACACCAAUAACAACGUCAACACCAACAUCAAUAAUAUCAAUAAUGCUGCACCCGCUACAGGUGGCGGAUCAACCGAAGGGGGAGUCGGCGGAGGCAGUGGCAAUCCCUCUGAUUAUAGGUGCCACGGACAGUGGUGUCCCAACUACUUUCCAGGUUGUGAGAUCUGGGACUGGGAUCACUGCAGGUGUGGAGGCCGCUUCUGCAUCAAUUUCGACACCAACUGCCGCAACUGGGACUGGGACGCAUGUUCAUGCAGAUAA